AAGAUGUUCUGUCCAUAAACUGUAAAAUUUGUUGAUUUAUGAAUGCUUCUUAACUGAAACUGUGAAUAAAUUUAAAUUUAGCGCCAUCAGGUAAAUGAUGGAAACUUCUCACGUUUCUGGAAAGCUAUGGAGGACACCAAAACGCGAGGGCGCGUAACGAUCAAAUUUUAUUUAUAACGUCAUAGUUCAAACUUCCGAUAGCAGGCCUUCUUUUCAGGUAGUAUUGACGGUUGUUGUUUGUAGACAUUAGGUAUCAGCUGGUUGGUUGGAUUAGUAUGAAUGACGUAACAAACUUUUGAAGAUUGGGCAUUAGUGUUUUUCUUCGUACAUUUGAAAGAAUUUAGUUUUAAACUCAAUAUUGUACAGUCUUAAAAUCAGUCUUGUCACUUUUUUAGUGUAGUGUAGAGGUGUUACGUGUUGUUUCGUUUUACUGUCAACAGUGUUUUAACCAAUUUCAAAAUGAGUGAAACCAACUAUACUUUAGAUGGACAGUUAGAAAGUAGAAUUGGCAGUGAUCCAGAUCUGUAUGAAAAUCCAGUGGAGAUCAGUGAAGGCAAUCAUUCGAAUUUGAGAAAUCCUUUUGAUACAAGUGAUGAUGUUGAAACUUCUGGCACUGAUGAGAUAAUUUUGUGUUUAUUUUACCGCAAAAGUAAGUUGGCAGCUGCUGCAUAUUUUGCAGAAACUUCAGAAUUGCAUUUAAUGUAUGAUAUGACAGACUUGGCUCCUGACUUUAGACUGUUGGAUAUGCUCUUUCUUCAGCUAAAACCAACCCAAGUUGUAACAAGCCCUUCCAUAUCAGACCCAUUCCUUCGCAAGAUUCAUUCUCUGAUGUCAGGUGAAGAAAUUCCUAUUUCCCCGACAAUAGAUCCACCUUCAUUUUCCAACAAAUUUCACUUUAUUCCUGCCAAAGAAUUCCGAUUCACCACCUGUAAGCGGGCAGUACUGGAGCUAAAGCUACCCAGCGAGCCAGAGCAUGCUACAGAGGCUGACAGACACAACCAUGUGUUGUCUAUGAUCAAUAUGAAUGCUCCAGUACUAGUGUCAGCAGUCGGUGGGCUGUUAUACUUCCUGCAGCGCUCUAUCGCCCGCCUCAGCAUCACGAACCUGCAAACCCCUGUGCUGAGUAUUCACACUCUUUCAUUGUAGGUAUCAGUGGUGUAACUAUCACUUGGCUUUGGAGGGGGGUAUACCACAUUGGGGAGGGGGUAUGGAAUAAAUCUAAAUAUGAAUACAUUAUAUAGUCCUAAUUCUAAGUAAAACACUUAACUCCUGUAUUUCAGACAAAUUAGAUUGCUGUUAUAUAGUACUACUCGUAUUUAGUUUUUGAGCUCUUCUA